AUGUUAUUAAAGGUAGGGUUUUCUUCCGGAUAUAGAAUGGCAAGCACAGGAAUGCAAAGGAUCAAAUCGGAUACUUUGGUGAAGGAUUUGUUUUUGAGAAAGAUUAAGGAAUUUGAAGCAAAAAUAGCUGGAAAGGAAGAUAUUUUGGUGGACGCAACACCGGAGACUUUGCGGUCGCUGGAUGAUCAGUUGCUUCGUUUGGCGAAUAAAUAUCAUUUGGAGAAUAAAGAAAUGGUGAAGGAGUUGCCAACAAAGUGCUUUGAAAUGCCUUCUCUUCAGAGCGCAGUAUCAGUAUUGUUUGAGGGCAAAUCGCUUGAUGAUUUGAAUAAAGAAUUAGCUGAAGAAAUUAAAGAAUACACAAGUUCGCGACAAAAAAAACUAGCAGAGCAAGAAGAAGCCCAAGUUCAUAUGCAAAAAUCUUUAGAUCAAGUUCCUACGAAAGAUCCGAAAAGUAGAUAA